UAUGGAUAGCAUUAACAGCAUGAAAAUGGCAUGUCCUCCUUCCCCACCUUCCUAAUCCAGCAGUGGUUAAAACCCUCACGGAAUCAAGUUUCCAACCAUCUCUGUAGCUGCCGGGGAGGGGAGGAGGUAGUGAAGCCUGUCUGCUUUCUUGUUCGAAGAUUGUGGAGCUAAGGAGAAGUCCAAAUCUAGCAAUGAAUCAAUAUGUUCCUGAUUGGAAUUUGGAAGAUGACACCACAGAUUUUGGAGGUAUCCUCCCAAUGGCAAAUCAGAAGAAUCCCAUGGGGCCAGACAGUGAGCUCGUAGAGCUGCUGUGGCGAGAUGGGCAUGUCGUCAUGCAUAGCCAGAGCCAGCACCACCCGCGAGCCUCUGCCGCCAUUGCCAAGCUCAAACCAGAACAACAGCAACAACGGGAGCAGUCUCUUGGGAGAUCCAUCAGCUCGAUUCAAGACGAUGCAACUGCGUCAUGGUUUCCGAGUCCUCUCCAUGAUUCGCUAGAGAAGGAAUUCUGCUCGGAGUUCUUCUCUGAGAUGGCAGGCAUCGAUGGACUUGGCCCCAGUAACAUGAGCACCAUUGAUAGAUACAUGGGCUUCGGUGAUACCGGUGCGAGCGAUGUCUUGACUGCUCCUAAAAAGUCCACUCUCCAUCUCCGAGAGAACAACACGAUGUCUUCAAGCAUUUGUGAGAGCAAUCGACUCCAUGCACAGGGUGAUGCUGCUGGUGUUGCAGGAGCAAGUGUGCCAAAGCAUGCAUUCGAAACUGCUCUCGCUUCAUCAUCAGGAGGUGCUUGUUUUAGUUUCAGAAGAACAGGAGAUCAGGGUGGAAGUGGUCAGUGCCAGAAGAGGAAGCAAAGAGAUGUGCAGGUUGCAGAAUACCAAAGUGAGGAGGCUGAGUUUGAGUCGGUCGAGGCGAAGAAGGCAGCUCAGGGAUCGAUAUCGACUCGCAGAAGCCGUGCUGCUGAAGUUCACAAUCUAUCUGAGAGGAGAAGAAGAGAUAGAAUAAAUGAAAAGAUGAAGGCACUGCAAGAGCUGAUACCACAUUGCAAUAAGACGGACAAAGCAUCAAUGCUGGAUGAGGCAAUUGAAUACUUGAAGUCACUGCAACUGCAAGUUCAGAUGAUGUGGAUGGGAGGUCGCAUGGCGCAGAUGAUCCUUCCAGGUGCACAACAAUCUAUGCCAGGCAUGGCUGUGGGAGUUGGUCAUGCUUGUGUUCCUUUGAUGCAUCAUGCACUUCAAUCUUCUACCCCCAACCAGACAUUGUCUUCCACUUCUCCAGCCUUCCAAGCAGCAAUGUUUCGAAACCUGAUGCAAAGUGCCCAUUUGCAAGAAUCGCAUGCUUCCUCCUACCUUGGCCUUCACCAUGUUCAGCCUCGCUUUCAGGCGAUGAAUCGAUACACCUUUGGGUCUCAAAUGUUGCAGCAGAAUCACCCAACAGCCUGUGAGAACACCCACAAAAGUGGAUCUGGUAAGAUGGACAUAACCGAAUUAUAAUUGUCAAAUCGAGGAAACAUUUGUCCAUGUUUAAACACAAGAUAUCUGGCUCCUACUACUCAUGUCACCAAGGCUAAUGUUUAUUUUUAUGCAUCAGGUUGAUCUUCAACUUCAUAUUUAGAACACCUGCUAUAACCUUGAUGCAGAGAAUUUGGCUGUUCAAGAGUCAAGAGUGUAAAAUUUCUCGGGAGCAACUCCUGCAAAUUGCUCCCAAAUAAAUUUUCAAACCAUUGGCUGAAGCCAGCAUUUAUUGUGUACAUGUUGAAGGAAGGAGUAAAUCUGAUAAACUUUUGUUAAGCAUCAGGUCUAGCUAAUGCUUGGAAUUGUAUCAGUUGAUCCUCUUGGGCAAAGAUUAGACUUAUGAAUAACCUUGUUCUUGCUACAAAGAAAUAACCCAUCAAUGUGAUCAUAACUUGGUUAUUGUUGUGGUGAGCAAAUAUAUAGGCACCAUGGAGGAUUCCUGCUGAUUCUUAUGUAAUAGCACACCAUAUUCUUGCUUUGUAUCCUUUAUGUCCAUAUGACCAUAUUUGAUUCCUUCUAUGAAAAUAUCUUCUGAUCAA